UGCCCACUGGAUUUGACAAUGUUUUUGUUGUUCCUGACGUAGAGCAAAUUCAUAUUUACUGAACAAAAAAUUGAGACUUCAUAUUUUUGAGAAUGUUGAAAUAGCCGAGGACGAUUCAGGAUGUACAUCAAGCAGGUUAUUAUUCAGGGCUUCAAGUCCUACAGAGAACAGACGGUCGUCGAGCCAUUCGAUCCUAGGCACAAUGUUGUGGUCGGUCGAAACGGUUCCGGCAAGAGUAACUUCUUCUACGCGAUUCAAUUCGUCCUCUCGGACGAGUUCUCCCACCUCCGGCCCGACCAGCGCCAGGGCCUGCUGCACGAGGGGACCGGUCCCCGCGUGAUCUCCGCCCACGUCGAGAUAAUCUUCGACAACUCAGACGGUCGCCUCCCGAUCGACAAGGACGAGGUCUACCUCCGCCGCGUGAUCGGCUCGAAAAAAGACCAGUACUUCCUAAACAAAAAAAACGUAACCCGUAGCGACGUGAUGAACCUCCUCGAGUCCGCGGGUUUCUCCCGCUCGAACCCCUACUACAUCGUCAAACAAGGUAAGAUCAACCAAAUGGCGACCGCCCCCGACUCGCAGCGUCUGAAGCUCCUCCGCGAGGUGGCGGGUACCCGCGUGUACGACGACCGCCGCGAGGAGUCAAAAUCCAUCCUCAAAGAGACAGAAGGCAAGCUCGAGAAGAUCGACGACUUCCUCAGAACGAUCGAGGAGCGGCUGCAGACGCUCAAAGAAGAGAAAGAAGAACUCAAGGAGUACCAGCGCUGGGACAAGCAGCGCAGAUGCCUCGAGUACACGAUUCACGAGCGCGAGCUCAAGGAGAACAAGCGAAAGCUCGAGGACCUCGAGGCGUCUCGAGCGAACAGUGGGGCCGAACAGGCGCGGCUCGGCUCAGAAGCGAAGACCGCUCAAGAGAACGUGCGAGCGGCCUCGAAGCGCCUCAAGGAAGCCAAGAAGGAGGUCCAAUCGGCCAAGGAGGAGCGAGACACUCUGAGCGCUGAGCAGCAGCAGCUGCUCAAGGAGAAAACGAAGCUCACACUCACGAUAAACGAUCUCCUCGAGGAAGUGAAAGGCGACAACGACAGCAGGAAGCGAGCGCAGCAGGAGCUCGAGAAGCUCAAGGAGAACAUCGCGGUGAGGGAGAAAGAACUCGAGAAAAUCCGCCCUGAGUACGAGGAGAUGAAGCGCAGGGAGGAGGAGUACACUCGAGCGAUGGGGCUCAAGGAGCAGAAGCGAAAGGAGCUCUACGCCAAGCAGGGAAGGGGCUCGCAAUUCACGAGCAAGGACGACAGAGACAAAUGGAUUCAGAAUGAGCUGAAGCAGCUGACUAAGCAGAUCAGGGACAAGGAGGAGCACCAGAAGAAGAUCAGCGAGGACCUGAAGAAGGACGCGGAGAAGCAGAAGGACCUCGAGAAGAAGAUCGAGGAGUACACGAAGGAGAUGGAGAAGCAGAGGGCGUCUAUCGACGAGCACAACAAGCACUACUACGAGCUGACUAAGCAGAAGGACGCUUGCCAGGCGCAGAGGAAGGAGCAGUACAGGAAGGAGAGUGUCCUGCAGCUGAAUCUGUCUGGGUUGAAGGAGGAUCUGGCGAAGGCCGACCAGAGCCUCAGGUCCAUGGCGGGGAAGCCCAUUCUCAAUGGAAGGGACUCGGUGCGAAGGGUGCUCGAGACCUUCAAGGAACGACCUGACAUGGCGCACGAGGUCAACUCGUACUACGGUCCUGUCAUCGAGAACUUUGACUGCGAUAAGAGUGUUUACAUGGCGGUGGAGGUGACAGCUGGCAACAGGCUUUUCCAUCACAUCGUGGAGACCGACAAGUUUGGGACGAAGAUCCUCAAGGAGAUGAACAACCAGAGGCUUCCGGGGGAGGUCACCUUCAUGCCCCUCAAUCGUCUGCACGUCAAGACCAUUGAUUAUCCUGACACAAGCGACGCCAUCCCCAUGAUCUCAAAGCUCAAUUACGACGCCAAGUACGACAGGGCGAUGAGGUACAUCUUCGGGAAGACUCUCAUCUGCAGGAAUCUCGAAGCUGCUACCAAUUUGGCGAGGACUUCAGGGCUGGACUGUGUCACUCUGGAGGGGGAUCAGGUGUCCUCCAAGGGGUCACUCACUGGGGGGUACUUCAACACCCUGAGGUCGAGGCUGGAGAUCCAGAAGACGAGGUCUGAACUGAUGGCACAAAUCGCUACGAUGGAGAACGAGCUGUCGACCCUGAGGGAUGAGAUCAAGAAGGCUGACCAGAAUAUCUCGUCUUACGUCAGUGAGAUGCAGAGAACGGAGACGAAGAACAGCAAGGCCAAGGACAUCUACGACAAGAUGAAGGCGGAGAUCAGGCUGAUGAAGGAGGAGUUGUCGGCUAUCGAGAGGUACAGAACGCCGAAGGAGAGGAGUCUGGCGCAGUGUACAUCGAAUCUCGAGGCUAUGAGGGCGACUAAGGAGGGUCUUGAGAGCGAACUCCAUCAGGACUUGAUGGCACAGCUGUCGGUGGCUGAUCAGCGCCAGGUGGACACCCUCAACGACGAGAUCAGAACGCUCACCAAGGAGAAUAAGGAGGCUUUCGCCAAACGUAUGAGGCUCGAGGCGGAGAAGAACAAGCUGGAGAAUCUUCUCACGAAUAAUCUCCAUCGGAGGAAGGACGAGCUGGUGCAGGCGCUGCAGGAGAUCUCGGUGGAGGACAGACAGAGGCAGUUGGAGACCUCCAAGGCGCAGCUGUCGGACAUUGAGAAGCGAUUGGUCAAGGUCAAUUCGGACUUCAAGGCGAUGAAUGAGAGGGUGGGGGCCGCCACCAAGAAGCAGAAGGCUGAGGCCGCUGAGGUGGAGAAGUGGAAGGCGAAGGAGAAGGAAGUCCAGGAGAAGAUAGAGUCCGAUGCCAAGGACCUUGAGAAGCUUGCCAGCAAGCAGAACAUUCUUCAGCAGAAGAUCGCUGAGUGCACGCAGAAGAUUACAGAAUUGGGGGCCCUACCCUCCCCCGAGGCUUAUGAGAAGUUUGGGAAUAUGUCGACGAAGCAGCUGUUCAAGGAGAUGGAGAAGGCCAAUAAUCAGCUGAAGAAGUACAGCCAUGUCAAUAAGAAGGCGCUGGAUCAGUUCAUGUCGUUCAGUGAUCAGAAGGAGAAACUGGUGAAGAGGAAGGAGGAGUUGGACAGGGGCGAUGAGAAGAUCAAGGAGCUGAUGAAUGUACUGGAGAUGAGGAAGUGCGAGGCCAUUCAGUUUACUUUUAAACAGGUCAGCAAGUACUUCAGCGAGGUAUUCAAGAAACUCGUGCCCACUGGGCAUGCACAACUCGUUAUGAAGACUGCUGAUGGCGAGGAGGGCGAUGAUGAUACGUCCACUGCUGCGGAUUCCGAUCGGUUCAUUGGAGUUGGGAUUAGAGUAUCGUUCACUGGACAAAAAGCAGAGAUGAGGGAGAUGAAUCAACUCUCGGGAGGGCAGAAGUCUCUCGUGGCACUUGCCUUGAUAUUCGCCAUUCAGAAGUGCGACCCAGCCCCUUUCUAUCUCUUUGACGAGAUCGAUCAGGCUCUAGACGCCCAGCACAGGAAGGCUGUCGCCGAUAUGAUCCACGAACUAAGCUCUGACGCACAAUUCAUCACCACGACUUUCAGACCUGAAUUGCUGCAGCACGCAAACAAAUUCUACGGCGUUAAAUUCAGGAAUAAAGUGUCUCACGUUGAGUGCGUCACGAGGGAAGAGGCUGCUGACUUCGUCGAGGACGACACAACCCACGGAUAAAAGCAAAAACAUAUUUAUUUUUAUUAUGAACAAAAAAAAACAUCAUUUAUCAAUUUUUCAUAGUUUCUGCUAUAAUUAUAAUUCGAUUCGCGAGGGUUCAACUGUGAAAUGUUGAGUCGCUCUUCUAUUUGUAAUUUUAAUGGAGCUGACAAUUUUUCAAAAAAUA